UGAAAAAACGUAUGUCUGUGGACCUUUGCUCCUGCUCAUCCUCUUAAAAUAACAAAGGACACACAUGUGGUCACUCUGCAGCGGGAUGCUCAGCUUUCACGCUGGCCAGACUGUAGACGAUCAGACACUUUGAUUUAAACUUGUCAGAGUUGUUCAGUCAGUUUUUAGACACUUUUGCAGCCAUGACCUCUUUUGACGACAUCUUGGAAGAAGCUGGGAAGUUCGGACGCUGUCAGAAGCGCAUCUUCGCCCUGCUGUGCAUGGUGUCCAUGCCCUGGGCAGGUGUGUACGUGGGCAUCGUCUUCCAGGGUUUCACCCCAGAUCACUGGUGUCGGGACCCUGCGGUGGUGGAGAGGAGGCAGGCGUGCGGAUGGAGCCUGGCGGAGAGUCGCAGGCUGACGGUGCCUCUGGUCAACAGCUCUGGGGUUGUGCAGCAGAGCAGCUGUGAGCAGUACAAAGUGGACUGGAACACCACAGCGCUCACCUGUGAUACACAGGAACUGGACCUCAGCAAAACUCCCACAACGGUCUGCAAAGAUGGCUAUGAGUACGACUAUCGGGGCAGACAAUCCUUUGUGACAGAGUUUGACCUUGUGUGCGCCGACGGAUGGUUGGUGGACAUGUACCAGGCCACUCUCAACGUGGGCUUCCUGAUUGGGAGCAUCGCAAUUGGCUACCUGGCCGACAGGUUUGGCAGGAAAAUUAGUUUCCUGAUGUCCAACCUGUUGAAUGGGAUCGCAGGAAUCCUGGUGGCCGUGGCUCCGAACUACGUGGCUUUGCUGGUUUUCAGAACGCUCUACGGCUUCGGGGUGAAAGGGGGCUGGGUGGUCGGAUACGUGCUGAUCACAGAGAUCGUGGGGGUGGAGUACAGACGCACAGUGGGAGUCCUUUACCAGAUGUUCUUCAGCGUGGGCAUUCUCCUCCUCCCUCUGCUGGCCUACUUCAUCACAGACUGGCGCUGGCUGCAGGUCGUCAUCACCGUCCCCUACAUCCUCUUCCUGUCCUACUACUGGUUCAUCCCAGAAUCUCCAAGAUGGCUUCUCUCUCAGAAGAAACAAUCCAAAGCUGUGGAGAUCACUAAGGCCAUGGCCAAAGAGAACAAGAUGACCCUGUCCAAGAAUAUUGAGAAUCUGACAGAUGAUAACGAAGAGACCUGCGCUGCCUCCUUCAUGGACCUGAUCAGAACUCCAAAAAUGAGAAAACACACUUUCAUUCUCAGUUUCAACUGGUUCACCAGUGCUGUGGUCUACCAGGGUUUGAUCAUGAGGCUGGGUAUUCUGGAAGGAAACGUCUACGUCGACUUCCUCAUCUCUGGCCUGGUGGAGUUCCCUGCUGCCUUCCUCAUCCUCUUCACCAUCGAUCGUCUCGGCAGGCGUAUUCCCUUCGCCUCCGCCAACAUCGUAGCUGGAGCCGCCUGCUUCAUCACCGCCUUCAUCCCUGACAGCAUGAUGUGGUUUAAGACGGUGGUGGCCUGCAUCGGGCGGCUGGGCAUCACCAUGGCCUUUGAGAUGGUGGUGUUUGUUAACACAGAGCUCUACCCGACGUUUGUCAGGAAUCUCGGCGUGUCAGUCUGUUCCACUCUGUGUGAUGUUGGAGGCAUCAUAGCUCCCUUCUUGCUCUACAGACUGGCGGUGAUCUGGCUGGAGCUGCCGCUCAUCAUCUUUGGCUCUCUGGCUUUCGUGGCCGGGGGUUUGGUGCUGCUGCUUCCUGAGACCAGAGGUGUGCCACUGCCUGACACCAUCGAUGACAUCGAGUUCCCAGAAAGAGUGAAGGAGAAAGCUGAACUGAGGAACCAGCAGUUGGCCAACCUGCUACCCAACGACCAAGUGUCAAACAACAAGGAACCAGCAAUUGUUUAAAAAAAUGCUUCUGUGACCAAAAUAUUUAUUUAUCGUCCGUUCAUUCCUGUCAAAGUUGCUUCAAAACCUGCCACCUUCCAUGGGGACUUGACUCGGACCAGUAACGUGAUUGAUACAGUAAUGUGAUGCAGAGAAGUUGAUUUCUUGCUUAUGAAAAGUGCGUGUGUGUGUGUGGAUGCGUGUGGAUGCGUGGAUAGGUAGUUCAUUUGUAGUAGAGAUGACAGUAGGUUUUACUUUGUGUUAAAUUUCAUAUGCCCAGGGAUUGCACAUGUAAAAUUAGCUCAUAGCUUAAUCUAGGAUAAAGCAUCUCAUCUCUCUUGAGAUGAAUGUAUUUUUGUACAUGGUCCCUGGUCUAAAUAAGUUCAAUAAACUAAACUUGAGUUUACUCCAAUGUG